AUGCCGGCGGGCACCGAGCAGCCGGGGGGCGCCGCCGCCGAGCCACCGCCGCCCGCCCCGGCGCCACUGCCCGCAGCUGACAGGCCGCCUGCCUCGGGCCGCCGCCGCCAGCCGCCUGCCGAGCAGGGGGAGGAGUCCGGCGGCAGCCGGGUGCUGAGGGGCGGCCGGGAGCGCGGACGCACUGCCGCCGCCUCGGCCGCAGGGGGAGCCGCCGCUGCCGCCGCCGCCGCCGCUUCCCGCCGCCGUAAGGCCGAGUACCCCCGGCGCCGGCGGAGCAGCCCCGGGGCGCGGCCUGCCGCCGAGCAGCCCGCCGCCGAGACGCCGUCCGCGGCCAGGAAGGGUCCCCGGGCCGGGUGUGCAGAUAAAGCAGCUGGUAAAGAUCCCAAAGAAGAGAAGGAGGAGGAGGAGGAGGUUUCCAGCGUCCUGAGCCAUGGCUCUCCCGUGGGCACGGCCCGGUCCAGCCGGAGCUGGCGCAGCAGCAGGUCAGCCACCGUGGCUCGGCAGCGGGACAUGGAGAAUUCCCGCGCCUCCAGAUCCAAGACCGGCUCCCUGCAGCUCGUCUGCAAGUCUGAACCAAACACGGACCAGCUGGAGUACGAGGUCACAGAAGAGCAUCAGUCUCCAGCUGGAGUCAGCGAUGAUGACGAGGAGAUGCUCAUCAGUGAGGAAGAAGUUCCCUUCAAAGAUGAUCCCAGAGAUGAAACCUACAAACCCCACCUAGAGAAGGAAGCACCAAAGCAAAGGAGAAAAGCUAACAAGGGGAAGGAGGAAAAAGAAAGGCAGAAAGAGAUUAAAGUGGAAGUGAAAGAAGAGAACGAGUUUCAGGAAGAUGAAGAACCGCCAAGGAAGAGGGGAAGGAGGAGAAAAGAUGACAAGAGCCCAAGGCUGCCCAAGAGAAGGAAGAAGCCUCCGAUACAGUACGUCCGCUGUGAGAUGGAGGGAUGCGGCACGGUCCUGGCUCACCCGCGCUACCUGCAGCAUCACAUAAAGUACCAGCACUUGCUGAAGAAGAAAUAUGUGUGUCCUCAUCCCUCCUGUGGUCGGCUCUUCCGGCUCCAGAAGCAGCUCCUGCGACAUGCCAAACACCACACAGAUCAGAGGGAUUACAUCUGUGAGUACUGCGCCCGGGCGUUUAAGAGCUCCCACAACUUGGCGGUGCACAGGAUGAUCCACACAGGCGAGAAGCCCUUGCAGUGUGAGAUCUGUGGGUUCACCUGCCGGCAGAAGGCGUCCCUCAACUGGCACAUGAAGAAGCACGACGCGGACUCCUUCUACCAGUUCUCCUGCAAUAUUUGCGGCAAGAAGUUCGAGAAGAAGGACAGCGUCGUGGCCCACAAAGCCAAGAGCCACCCUGAAGUGCUCAUAGCUGAAGCACUGGCUGCCAACGCAGGUGCCCUGAUCACCAGCACCGACAUCCUGGGCACUAAUCCCGAGGCCAUCGCACCGCCCACCGAUGGCCAGGGCCUCCCGCUGCUCCCGGACCCCCUGGGCAGUGCCCCCCCAGCAGAUUGCCUGCUGCUGAGCCCCGAGGGGAUGCCAAAGCCCUACUGUGGCGGGGCAGAGCGUGUGAGCCUGGUGGCUGACAGCAAACUUUUCGUGGGCAGCGGCAGCAACGCGAACCCGGAGGGGCUGGUCAUGAACACGGAGAUCCUGGGAGCCAGCACAGAGGUGCUCAUCGAAGAUUCAGACUCCACUGGACCCUAGUGGCAGGAGAGCACCUGGGUGCUGGGACAGUUGGGACUCUGUAUUUAAAAGGAAAAAAAAAGAAAAAGAAAAAAAAGAGGAGGCACUUACUGAAAGAGAGGAAAUUUAAACAAAACU